AUGGCAAACGAGGUUGAGCCUACGGAGAAACUCCGCGCGAAAAUUCGCAUCAAAAAUCAAUUACUGCGAAAUGCGCUUUCGGAAUUCUUCGGAACUUUCCUUCUUAUUGCUAUUGGCUUGGCAAUCGUCAUGCAGUUCAUCCUUUCCCACGAGAAACUGAACACCUGGAUCAACAUCAACUUCGGAUGGGGACUUGCUAUCGCAUUCACCGUUUACAUGUGUGCCAAAACCUCUGGCGGACACUUCAACCCCGCUGUGUCACUUGCAAUGGUCACCCUUGGCAAAUUGUCCAUCAAGGAUUUCGUCGUUUACUGCAUUGUUCAAACUUUGGGUGCUUUUGCUGGAUCGGGAGUGGCUUACUUGGCCUAUUAUGACCAAUUUGAGAAGUUUGCCGGACCGUACCGUACCAUCACCGGAACCAAGGCAACUGCCGGAUGCUUCUGCUCAUACCCCGCAUUCCACGUCACCAACACCACCUCAUUCAUUGAUCAAGUUAUCGGAACCUACCUUCUUGUCUUGUUCGUCUGUGUCAUUAUUGACAAGAGAAAUGGAAUUCCAGCAUCGGCUCACCCACUCUUGUUUGGUCUCGUUCUUGUAAUGAUCGGAACCGCCUACGGAAUGAACCUUGGAUACCCAAUUAACCCAGCUCGUGAUCUCGGACCACGAAUCUUCAGUGCUUUCAUCUAUGGAACUGGAGUAUUCAGUUAUCACAAUUACUACUUUUGGAUUCCUGUCAUUGCUCCAUUAUUCGGUGCCGUCUUGGGAGCCUGGUCGUACCACUUUUUUGUCGGAGCUCACAUUCCAGAGCAGCGACCGGAUAAGACCUACGUAUUGGUUGACGAAUCAAACCAGCCACUUAAACUCAGCAACGAAGCUUAA